GUAAAGGGAGGAGCGAGGGCGAAAGCGGGGUAGUUCUGCUCUGCGCAGCCGGAGGAAGCGGGGAGAGCUGAGCGCGCGGCUGAGAGCCCCUGCCGUUCGCUAGCAUGAGUGAGUCAAGCUCCCUGUGUCCCAUGUAACGUUUCGCCGCUUGGUCCUCUGGUGGUGAGAAGAAUGGGGUCUGUUUCAGAGAUACUCACAGCGGUGCCCCUUCACCAGAGGCCCGAUCUCCUAGAGGCCUGUGCCGACCUCAUCAAUGAAGAGUGGAAAAGGAGCAGGACCUCCCGCAUCCACUCCCUGCAGAGAUCCAGCAACAGCUUCCCCAUGUGCCUGGUGCUGAUUAGGACCCAGAGGUCAGUGGAAGACACCGCGGAAGGGAAGACGGCCAAGAGUCAGUGCCAACUCCUGGGGCAUGCCAGGCUGUCCCGUGUGGUUGGCCAGCCCAAGAGCUUGUUUGUGGAGACGGUGGUUGUUGCCAAGGCCCUCCGGGGAAAGGGCUAUGGCAGGAAGCUGAUGGAAGCUGUUGAGCAGUACGCCAAGUCCCGCAGCUAUAGGCGCCUGCACCUCACCACCCACGACAAGCAGCAAUUCUACGCCCACCUGGGUUACAGCUUGUCCAAGCCAGUUCAGUGUGCGGGAUUCGCGAGUUCCCUUGUACCUAUGGAGUUUCUGGAGAGCUUCUCUCCCCUUCAGCAGGACAAGGAACUUCCCACAGGGCCUGGGAAGCGUGAGCCAAGUGCAUCUUGCAGCAGGAGAUGCGGAGCAAGCCUUCCUCCAUUGCCACCUUCAGCACACCUUUCCACAUUCACGGUUUGCUCAGCGGCUUCUCCUCCCCCACCACCCCCAUUGCUUCCUGUUCAUUCUUAUCUGCCAGCAGCCGCCACCAUUUCUCCCCCUCCCCGCCUGCCAGCUUCUGUAGCUUCCCACAGUUCCUCUUCCCAGGCCAUGAAUGCUUCUGUUCUGCCCUCGCAAUCAGCCACCGUGCCUCUUUUUGCUGCAAACCUUCCUCCCCCUCCCCCGCCUCCUCUUCCUCCACCUCUGCCCAUGGCCCUUUCGGCAGGCCAUCCCGAUUCCUGCAAAUCUGCCUCUUCUGAGCCAUCGGGGGACAAAGCCCAGAACCAGCUGUUUCUAGAAACGCCAUAUCGUGACCUGAAAGGGCGGCCCAUAUUCUGGAUGGAGAAGGACAUCUGACCCUUUCACCAUGUGCCUGUGUGAGUGUGAUGAAGAUGAAAUGACGGCUGAAGGAGCAGAGAUGCUGAGAAGAAAAGCUCAGCUUCGGAUCCAGUGAGAUGGGCUGUGAGAGAACUAUUCUAACACAAACAAAGCCAAUAGAUUCUAUCUUCCAUGGUUGUUUUCCCCAGAAUUCUUUUCAGACAAGAGCCCAUUUUCAUGCCAUAAAAAUGUGAAAUUCGCUUAGACAAUGAUCUAUUUUGGAUAUACUUUCAAGGCCAUCCACUGUCCCCCAUUGUCUUCCAGUGGUGGUUGCCAUAGCUGAGUGGGUGGGCCUGUGCUGAGGCUGCCUUGCCUUCAAGUUUGAUGUCAUUUUAUCAAUAAAGCACCUCUGAAAUAUC